AUGCCGUCUCUAUCUUAUCUUCUCGCGCAAGUGCCGAUCCUGGGCUCAGUUCUGCAAUCAACCCCUGACACUGGAAAAUCGAUCCAUAUCAACCAGCAUUGCCCCAACCCCGGUGGUAUCUCAUGUCCAUUUCCACCACCGAAAACAACACCCGAUGCCUGCUGUGUCAAUUACCCUUCCGGACACUUUCUACAGACACAAUUCUGGGAUACCUCGCCCCCUCUAGGUCCGAAUACAUCGUUCUCGAUCCAUGGGUUGUGGCCUGACCGGUGUGAGGGCGGCUUUGAUCAAUUCUGUGACUCUGCUCGUUCGGAGCAUGGAAUUCGAUCCAUUCUUGCCUCAAUCGCAGGCAAGGAUUCCGAAUUAUUGGAGUUCAUGGAUUUGUACUGGCUCUCAGCCGACGGUAAUAAUGAGCACCUUUGGGCUCAUGAGUGGAAUAAGCACGGCACUUGUAUCUCAACCAUCGAACCUAGCUGUUAUGGGAAGGACACCAUUCCUCAUGCGGACUUGUAUGACUAUUUCGUGCAAACAACUUCCCUAUUCAGGACGCUUGAUACAUUCUCCAUCCUCUCAGAAGCUGGUAUACUACCGUCUUCUGAACGAACAUACGAUCUCGCGGAACUGGAGGAAGCUAUCGAGAGCUCUUCUCAUGGCUUUCCAGUGACACUACGCUGUCGUUCUGGGGAACUAAAUGAGAUUUGGUACCACUUCUCCGUUCGAGGCUCACUGCGAAUUUCCAACAAGGUCCCUUCUUCAGCGGAGUCCUCGUCACCAGCUUUCCCGUUUCUGAGUGCAGACACAAUACGAGAGCAUUUCGUUCCUGCCAACCCCGAUGGCGCCAAGUCAAACUGUCCUGCUCACAACAUCAAAUAUCUGCCCAAGCAUUCCUCUAAAGGACCUCAACACCCGCCUAUCAAACCAACCCCAACCACUACCUCCUCGGACCCUUCCGCCACGAGUACUCCGUUCAAAGGCAAGGGGCAUCUCGAGAUCCAUUUGGUAGAUGACUCUGCCACUCCAGGCGUAUCCGAAAGAAAAGGUUGCCUGAUUCGCAAUGGGCAAUGGUAUACCUCGGGUUCAUGCGCGACCUACCUUGCACAGCCAGAUGUAAUUGAUCCUGGCCAUCAGCCUUUGUUUUCUUUAUCAUCCUCCUUCUCACCAUGUUCGAUCAAUCCAUCGACAGACGUAUUUGAGUGCACCAAGGCAUCCGUUAUACAGGGAAUUUUCUCCUCUGACCUUGGUGAUAGCACUUUGUUGAGUUAUAGGAACAGCAGCAAAUUCUUUGCUAAUGCCUUGCCAGCUAGGUUUGGAAAGGCCGACAUCUUUGCAAAUAAUGAUGGUGGAAACAGAGAAAUUGAGUUGGAGAUCCGCUGGGUACCAGUGUAG